AGUAGAAUGGACUUUCCAGUUGGAGAAAUCAAAGCCCAUUGUAUUUCCUUUCAUGUCCUCUCAUUUCCUUACAGAGAAGCCAGAGAAUCCAUCUCCCUCUCCACGCAAUAUUUUCCUUGCGCAUUUUUCUCUCCUACUCACUUUUUAUCGCUGGCCGCUGGUUUCCUUCAUUUUCUUUUUUCUUUUUCCUCCCUCUUCCCAAUGCUUUUUGGAUAUCCCAGUUCUCCCGUACUCUCUCUCUCUCUCUCUCUGUUGUUUUUAUUAAAGGAUUCAUUGUUAGUUUUGUUGUUUCUCUUCAUUAUUUUCUUCAUCACUGUUAGAUUAUGCAAACAAUUAUUUUCUUUUCUAGGCAUGUAAACAAUGAUUUAAAACUAUUUGCUUUCCUCUCACAUAAACAAAAGUCUAUAGUUGCUUGUGAUGGGUCUUUGUCUAAUGUUUAGUCCUUUCCACACCAUGUUCUUCCAUCUCAGUGGGUUACAACUGGGUUCCAUUCCAUUUCUUACAGAAGAGACCUUUUGAGAGGCCAAAGAGGUUCUUUCUUCACUUCCGGGUUUCCCCUACUCCAAGGGAAGAACUUUGAAGCAAAUUUUGUUGCCUUUUUUUUCUCUUGCUGAUUUUCAUUCUCUUGAGCCAUUUCGAAUCAGAACCAAGAAUAGAUGAAUCCGACAAAUUCAAAGAUUGACAACAUGUUUUCGCUGUCCAAAAGGAAUUCUGUCGGUGAUGGAGCCGGACAGAGUGUUGCAAAAUUGGAAAUUAGGCCAGGAGGAAUGUUGGUUCAGAAGCGGGAUUCGAGUCAAAAUUCUGUAUCAAUCCCGACCAUUAAAGUUAGAGUGAAAUAUGGCUCUUCGUUCCACGAUAUUCGUAUCAGUUCCCAAGCCAGCUUUGGAGAAUUGAAGAAAAUGUUGGCAGAACCCACUGGCUUGCACCCUCAGGAUCAGAAGCUGAUAUUCAAGAACAAGGAGAGAAGUUCCAAAGCCUAUCUUGAUGCAGAAAGAGUUAGAGAUGGAUCAAAAAUAGUUCUUGUUGAGGACAUUGUAAGCAGGGAAAGAAGGUGCCUUGAGAUGUUAAAAAAUGUGAAAGUCGAAAUGGCCUCAAAAUCCUUGGCAGAAAUCAGUUUGAAAGUGGACAAACUCGCUGGGCAGCUCACUGCUUUGGAAACAACAGCUUCUAGAGGCGGGCAAGUCUCGAAAAUGGAUGUUGAGAAUUUGACUGAAAUAUUCAUGGAAAAAUUAGUUAAGUUGGAUGGAAUUGUUGCUGAGGGAGACCUUAAAAUGCCGAGAAUGGUGCAGGUGAGGAGAGUCCAGAAGCACAUUGAAACUCUUGAUGCAUUGAAGUUGCAAAAUUCCAAACCCAGAAACAAUGGAGGUAAAAGCCCAUGUCAGCCGCAAGCAGAUUCAUCCAGGCAACAGUCUAUGCCAAUGCAAAUACAGCAGGUACAGCUGAGGCAGAGGGAGCCUACAGGGAAAAUGCCAAUGCUGCUGCAGAAACCUGAGUGGCAUUCUGAGUCAAUUGUGGCAACAACACAAUGGGAAACCUUUGAUUAAUACAUUGAACUUCAAGUUGGUUCUAAGCAAAGUUUGGAUCAAACCUUAUGCAGAUUGGGUUAUUUUGUCAUGGAUUUUAUUUAUUCUUUUCUUGGGGCUAGUUUGUUUCUUCCUCCACUCUUUUCUGUCUAGGAUCUGAAAAUAUUUCACUUCAUCUCUGAAACAUGAUGCAGGUGUGCAUGCAUAAUCAUUUUUACUUUUCAGCAACUACAGUUCUCUACAACUUGUAUGUAGAAUAUGUUGGAUAUGAAAAGAGACGAGGGAAGAAAUGUGCACUGUGGAUACAGGGUUUAUGUAUACUUAAAAUGGUCACUUAGAUAUCAAUGUUUUGUACACAAUUUGGAGAUGAUGGUAUUUGAUUGGAGGAACCCGUUGCAGCA